AUGUCAGCAACAAAAUCAACAAAACAGCUGACAUCGCUGUUCCAGUCGCUCCGAAUCGGAUCAGGCUCCUCUUCGUCUUCCGCCGUUGCUUCCAGCUCCAAGUCGACACGAUGCUUCUCUACAACACGAGCUAGCUCGAAAGCUCCGGCAGCAUCUUCAUCAGUCCAAUCGCAGCGAUCCGCAUCAUAUCCCUUCUCAUCAGCAGCAUUGAUCCCCGAGGUCCCCGCUUUCGUCUCGACCAAAAAGGACAUUACUCCACCACCCGAGCCUAGGACGAUCUUUGACGCAGUCAUGCCCCGUGUCCACUCCGACCUCCGAGCACGUUACGACCCAGGCAACCGUCUCACCAAACUCUUCGACCGUAAAUCGCCCGAGCGCAUCCCUCCUGGUUCUGUACUCAUCGUCGAAUCUUGGACUUCACCGCUCAAGACCAACUUCUCCACCUUUUCCGGUGUGUUGAUCGCGGUACGACGUCGUGGUGUAUCGACUUCGUUCGUACUGAGGAACCUGGUGCAGAAGUUGGGUGUGGAAAUGAGGUUUAACUUGUAUUCCCCCUUGCUGAAGGAUGUUAGGGUGAUUCAGAAGGCUGAGGCAGGUAAGAACGAUAAGUCGGGUAAGUUGAGGAGGACAAGGAGGGCUAAGCUGUACUACUUGAGGAAGGAUGAUAGGCGUCUGUCUGGUAUUGGUAAUGUGAUUAAGCAGCAGAGGCUGCAGGAGGAGAAGAAGGCGCAGGAGAUGGCUAAGCGUCGUGGUGGUAGGAGGUGA